AUGGAUGACUGUAAGCCUACAUCAACUCCAUUUAUGUCAGGGGUCAAUCUUGAGGCUUCUUGCUCUUCACCCUUGGUGGAUGCUACCUUGUAUCGCCAAUUGGUUGUUAGCCUCGUAUAUUUGACUCACAUGAGGCCUAAUAUUUCAUAUGUUGUGGGCCUAGUCUCCAGGUUCAUGCAGGAGCCACAUGAGCUGCAUUGGAAGGCAUCUCAGCGAAUUCUUUACUGUAUUCAAGAUACUCAUAAUUACAGGAUUCAUUAUGCAGUGGACAUGGAUAUUGACUUGGUGGGAUAUACAGAUUCAGACUGGGCAGGCGAUUCUAAGGAUUUCAGGUCUACUUUAGGGUAUUGCUUCUCUCUUGGUUCUGGUUCAGUUUCUUGGUCGAGCAAGAAGCAAUCUGCUAUUGCUCUUUCAUCUACUGAGGCUGAAUAUUGA